CCAUGGAAGCUCUGAUCUUUCAUCUUCACUAAGUUUUACUUAAUUUCAACUGCAUCUUUGUCUCUCUUUUUCUUUUUUUGCUUUGAUCUUCUGAAUCUUACGUUCUCUAGAUCUCUUCUUUUUUUUUCUCUAUUGUUCUGUACUUUAUAAAGUCUUUUUGUCUCAGAAGCUUGAAACCUGUCGUGGUCAGCAAGAUUCAUUCAACUGUCUUUACUUCUCCUUUUUAACUGUCGGAUCUUUCGAUGGAGGAGAGAGAAGGAACCAGCAACAACAUCUUAACCAGUUUUGGUCUGAAACAACACGUAGCUCCUCCUCCUCAUCCUCCUAGUACUGGUGUCUACCAAAUGGACCCACCACGGUCCGAAAACCCUAACUUUUUUCCGGUGGGGCUACUACCCAACACCACCGCCGCAUCUGCCUCCGUCUCCGCCGUGGCGGUUAAAGCUACUGAGAAUGCUGCUGCUGCUGCUCCUCCUUUCAGCUUAACAAUGCCGGUGGAGAAUUCCUCUUCUGAGCUGGCGAAGAAGAAGAGAGGGAGACCGAGAAAGUAUAACCCCGACGGCUCACUCGCCGUGACUCUUUCUCCGAUGCCAAUCUCCUCCUCCGUUCCGUUGGCAACUGGGCAACGAGGAAGAGGGCGUGGAAGAGGAAGAGGAGGACGAGGUCGCGGCGGACGUGUAGAGCAGCAGCCCUACAACAACAACAAUUGGGCCAAGCAUCCUCGGAUGUUCGAAUUCGACAACAGUUCUCCUACUGUUGUGGGAACUGGAGAAGUUGUUACUAGUGCAAGUUUUACUCCUCAUGUGCUCACAGUAAAUGCUGGCGAGGAUGUGACAAUGAAGAUAAUGACAUUCUCUCAGCAAGAAGGCUCUCUUGCCAUCUGCGUUCUUUCCGCAAACGGUCCCAUUUCAAAUGUUACACUUCGCCAAUCUACCACUUCUGGUGGCACUCUCACUUAUGAGGGUCAUUUUGAGAUUCUUUCUUUGACGGGUUCGUUUAUACCAAGCGAGAGUGGAGGAACCCGAAGCAGAGCUGGAGGGAUGAGUGUGUCUCUUGCAGGACCUGAUGGUCGUGUCUUUGGUGGUGGUCUCGCUGGUCUCUUUAUUGCCGCUGGUCCUGUUCAGGUAAUGGUAGGGACUUUUGUUGCCGGGGGUCAGAAGGAGGAAUCGCAGCAGCAGCAGAUAAAGAAGCAAAGAAGAGAAAGACUCGGGAUCCCCAUAACAACGCAAGGUUCCAACAUCUCAUUCGGUGGUGGCUCAGCUGAAGAUCCAAAGGCUAGAUACAACGGCGUCCCAAACAAGCCUGUUGUUGUCCAGCCACCACCAGUGUCCGCACCACCACCUAUGUCCUUUCAGCAUGAGCCGAGCACUACUAACGCGGUCCAAGGUUACUACAGAAACAACACUGCUGCUGACCAUAUCAGGGAUCUCUUCUCUUCUCUCCCAGGAGAGGAUGACGACGAAGAAGAUGAUGAGAACUUAGAAGGUGAAGACGAUGGGGAAUUUGGAGGCCACACUGAAUCCGACAACGAGGUUCCAAGCUGAUGAUUAUUUGAGAUUUGAGAGAGUGAAUCCGAACAACAUUCGAUGGUUCUUGAUCUUGAGCUCCUGCUGCGUUUUGUUCUUUGGGAUUCUUUACAGUCUUAAUGGGUUUUUCAUUCUCUUCAGAUUUUAGUUGUAUUUUAUUAAACAGAGAUGUCUCUCACUAAAGAGUUAGGGUUUAUUAGAGAGAGGAUCUGUAAUAUCUUUAGGGUUCUUUUGACUUGGUUUCUACCCCAAGUGGUUGUUGUUGUAGAAUUGCGAAACUUAUGUCUGCUCUCUCUCUGUCUCUCAUUCAGUUUGCUCGUACU